GCUAACUUCCAUCGAGGCGCGCGCAUGCGCCAAGCAGUAACCUGGAAGCCGCUCCUAUUUUUGCCGCCCCCUGAGCCGAGGCACUCCCGAGACUCGCGUCGUUGCUACGUCUAGCGCUGCCCGCAACCGACGGCGAAAGCGAUGAUCGUCCUGCCGUAAAUGUCGUCGCCGUAUGAUCGCUAUGACCGCGGGUCGUCCCGCCGCCGCGGCGUGUGGGGUCACUGGGUGCCGCUGGUGUUGACCGUGACGGUCGCCACCGUCGGCGUAGCCGCCUGGAUCUGGAGCCAGCGCAAGGACGAGAACCUCGAGGACCCGGAAGCCGAUACUGCCUAUCAGGACCUGGAUUAUGAUAAUGCCGACUAUGGAGACAACCCUGCUUAUGGAGCAUCGGACGGGCCCAGUGCCGGCCAGAAGCCCCCCUCAUUUGCUGGCACCGACCCUCUCGUGCGCGACGUGAGCCACGGCGUGACACCGGCGCAAGGAGAGCAUGCGGGGUCGGGCUGGGGGGCACAGGUGUCGGGUGCAUUGCGCCGAACCCCAAGUCCCCAGCAGUUUCUGGACAGCGCGCGCAAGACGGUUGCCGCCGGAGUGACGGCCGCAGGCGCAGUCGUGGGCGGCGCCUUGGCGGCCAUCCGAGAGGAGGACAAGAUCGCGUACGCCGACCAUGAGACGUGGUCAGAAGAGGCUGAUGCCAAAAAGGACAGGGUCCCUGCGCCGUCCCAUGCCAAAGACGCCGGCAAGCGCCGCAAGAAGAUCGUCAUCGUCGUGUCGGCCGAAAACUUCUCGGAGGACGCCGACGGAGACGGAUUCCACGAACAUGCCUCCCUCCUCUCCCACAUCCCGCGCCAAACCGACUUCUCUAAAAAUAAGAUAUAUGUUCUUAUCUACGCCCCUAACUUGAAGGACAACACCGUAGAUACAACGGCCACCACCCUCCCGCCCGCGUCGCUGAGCUCGUCCUUUUCUAAUAUCGAUCACGCCCAGGCGCAGACGCCAGGCGACGAGACGAAGAGCCCCCUACUUACGGGCACGAAUGUGGACCCUGCAUACGCCGCAGUCUACGCGCAGGCGCAGGCGCUCGUUGAGAAGGACAGCAUGGUGCUGACAUUCACGACGCCCAACGGCCACGCGCACAUCCUACGUCACAUCCAGCCCGACGUGAUCUACCUGCAGGAAUCGCUUGCCGGCGACAACGGCAGCGUGAUCACGAACCUCCAGACGUGGCUGCGGCACGACGUGAUCCUCGUGGUCGGGGCAGAGGGCGGGCACGGCGGGCUCGCAGACAGCGAUUCCGAGGCCGAAAAGCCCGGCGCCAAGGCCGAAGUGUGGUGGCAGAAGGAGGAACGCGUCGGGCGGGGCCGGGGUGUUGUCGUGGUCGACGGCAUGAGGGUCCACGACGACUGGCAGCGCCGCGUCUUGGGCAAGGACUAGCCUAGGAGGAAGAGGAGGAUUGCGCGUAUUUGCGGCUUGUUUGCAAUGCUUUACUUUGCGAUGCGACGCGACAGCGCUAUGCCAUGUUAUGUUAUUUGUCCCCUUUUUCCUCAUGUUUCUUCCAAACUACUAGUAUAGUUGCCGCG